UCCCUCGGCCUGGAGAAAUACCAGCCUGUCUGUUUUCAGACUUUAGUUCCUCAGAUGAAGGAAAAGCUGCAAAGGCUGAGAUCUGAGUUUAAUAUGAAGAGGUUUCAACAAGUUAACAAGCUUCCUGUCUUCAGUUCCUCUGACACCAACCAACAAGAAUAAAUUAUCUAAUGAUCAAAGUUUUAUCAGCUUCACCUGCUGCUUUAGCCAUGGAUUAAAGUAGUUUGUUUAAUAACAGCGCAUGAUUUAAAAAUUUAUUUCAAACCUCUGUGUAAAAAAUAAUUGACAGUGUUUAAUUUGGGACGUCCUGUCAGAUCUGACAGCCAUGCUGACGUCAGGAUUGUUUUAAAGCUGCAGUAACUUGUGGUCCGAUCUUCAGCAGGACGAUGGCUGAAGCCGACGUAACGUACUCUGAUGUGAAGUUCACCAGACAGAGCACCAAAGAUGAGGCUCCAUCUGUCGUUUAUUCUGACGUCAAGAUGUCAAGAACAAAACAUCCAGUCUGUCCAAAGUGUGCCAUAGAUGCUCAACAAGCUGGACAGUGCAUAAGGUCAAAGGUCACCACAGUCGUCCUGCUGGUUCUCAUUGGCAUCUUGGUAGUUACCGUCAUCGCCCUGGCAGUCAAAAUAAAUUCCAGACCAAAAAUGAACACUACAAGUUCUCCACCUCCUGAAGUAAAAAAUCUGACAUGUCUGAAGUGUGAACCAGGCUGGGAGAAACAUGGAGGGAACAGUUAUUAUUUCUCCACCACUGAAUCCUCCUGGACUGACAGCAGACGUUCCUGCAUUGAUCGUGGAUCAGACCUGGUGAAGAUCGACAGCAGAGAGGAGCAGAUGUUCCUGGAAUCUAAACUGAAGGAGAAACUGAAGACGCCUCUGGACGCGUUCUGGAUCGGACUGACGGACUCACAGGCAGAAGGCAGAUGGUUCUGGGUGGACGGGUCGCCUCUGGACCCACGUUUAAGUUUCUGGUCUGAUGGAGAACCAAACAACUGGGCCGGACAGAACCCAGCAGGAGAGGACUGUGUGAGGAUGGAGAAGAAAGAAAACAGCGUAGAUCUGAAGAGUUGGGAUGAUCAUUCCUGUCAUGUUCAACUCAAAAGUAUCUGUGAGAAACCAGCAGAAAUGUGAUUGUUUUCAUCAGGUACAAACGUUUAAGACGUUUCUU